AUGAAGUCUGGAUUUUUGAACACGGGUAAUUCCAGAACUUCACUAUUGUCAGAGAUAUCGGAAUCUAAGCCCGGAGAAAAAUACAAAUUGGAUGAUUUUGACCUGGAGCGUCGUAUUGGAACGGGAAAUUUCUCAAAUAUUUGGUUUGCUUCGCUAAAAUGUGACCCGGAAAAGUACUUUGCCCUAAAAAUAUUCGAUCGCAAACAAGUUGAAAAGUUAAAAGUACAGGAGUGUUUAGUACAAGAGAGAAGGAAUAUGGCUAAAUUGAUGGAUCCGGGCCAUCCAAAUAUCAUAAAGUUCGAAGGAUCUUUUAAGGAUGAUAAGAAUUUAUAUAUCCUAUAUGAGAUGGCUGACACAGGAGAACUUUGGAAUUUUAUGAAGUUAACUGGAAUUCCCUAUGAGAAGUUGGCUGCAAAUUUGAUUUUGCAACUAGUAAAUUCAUUAGAAUACAUCCAUUCCAAAAACAUCGUACAUCGUGAUAUUAAAUGUGAAAACCUAGUUAUUUCUAGAGAUGGACAAUUGAAGUUAAUUGAUUUUGGUUCAUCUGUUGAUCUGGAUUAUCCAAUUCCCACAGUAAACGGUACGCAACAUUGCGUUGGAACUCCAAGAUUUAUGGCGCCUGAAAGUGUGCAGAAUGGUAACAGUGGGAAGUUGAGAGAUUUGUGGAGUUUAGGAUGUACUAUAUAUCAAAUUUUAACUGGUCAUCCGCCUUUCUUUGGCUCAACAGAUUACUUCGUUUAUAAUAGGAUACUUUCCGGGGAAUUGAAAAUCCCAAACUGCUUAUCGGAGGCUGCUAGAGAUUUGAUUAAAAAAUUAAUUGUUCUAGAGCCUCAAAAUCGUCUUGGGGCGAUAAAUGGCUUUUCUGAAAUUAAAAACCAUAAGUUCUUUGAGUGUACAAAAAGUUGCAAUUUUGUUGAACGUUCAAAAAAUCACGUUUCUGCUUACGAAGACCAAGAUUUCAUGUUUGAUAGCACAUUUGUGAUUGAUAAAAAUUGGGGGGAAUUCAAAAAUGUAUGUCGAAGAUUUAGCGAAACUCUGAUUAAGAUUCAAGAUUAUGAAUCUCAGGACGAUUUUAAUAAGUCUAAGGAGUUGGAACUGGAAUUGGAAUGUAUAAUAAAGGAGACAGAAUGUGGAUUUAGUGAUUGUGGUAAAUUGAAGUGCAGGAUUCACGGAAAGGGUGAGCUUCUUCACUUCCAUUUGAGCGACUGGAAGGCACAAAGGGAGAAGGAGAUGAUAGAAGCCAAUAAAUGGCUUAAAUAG